GUUACAGAAUACGUCCGAAAUGGCAGAGUCGCGUAAGCCCAGUAUCUCAGCGGCGGCGCCAUCCCCAAAGCCUAGGCCGCAGCCCACGCCGAUCCCUGGCGCCGAGGAUCCGGCGGGGUGGAAGGGGGCGCGCUAUCCGAACCCGCCGGACUCCGUGAACCCCGACGUCACGACGCUGAGGGAUCAGUGGCGCUUUGCCAUACGGCAGUACAGCCGGUGGUACUCCCAGGCCUGGGGCACCGCCAUCCUCGCCGGCGUUUCAUUCUUUGCACUCGGAUGGCUGAUCAAGGGAUCCAAUCCCCUCCCUUCGCGGAGCACCGAUCACACCGGAGAAAAGCCGUCGCAAGCCGCGACCAGCACCGAAAAGUGAGGUGCAAAAUACAGAGGAGCCUUUCAAUUAUAUAGCUUUCAGUGGUGGUUUCUAUGUACACUAAUUUUAGCCUUCUAUUAUAUUAUACAUAUUCUUCUAUGGCUUUGGCUAUCAUUUACUGAUCAGGUUUGGAUUAUAAGUUCGGCUUAUUUUAUCAAUGUGAUUAAACUUACACUUUGUAAACCGUGUAUUUAAUCUUUGCGCCUUUUCUGUAAGGAUUUUAUUGUCAUGUUCUUCUCCUUUCUAUCGAGGACUGGCACUAGCGCAAGCUGCAAGAAGGUUGGUUUUUCAUG